CUGUUUUUCUCUUCGUGGAGAUCGCAUUUCUGUCUUCGGUGGAUUUCACCCGAAAUGUAAUUCCGUAGAGAGUUGGACUGAUUUCGAUGAGUGGCAGCUUUCAUUAACCCAGAAGAGUAUAUGUAUCUGAAGUAAGUCAUAUGUAUAUUAUUAGUAUGUUGCCUAACUUUAAUGUUAAAAUGUGAUCCAUGCUUGUGGUAGAUUAUCUAUUACUAAACUUUUGUUGUCUGUUUCACAUUAAGCUGUCCCUUUGGACACAUCACUUCAUAAUGGAGCCCAAAGAACAUACUUCCUCAGCUCUGUCUGAAAAAGUCUUCAGUUUGCUAAGAGGCAUCAGUGAACUUAGACGAAAUGGGAAGGACAGGAAAGACAGUGGGGUACAAGAUAAAGAGAAAGAGAUUCAAAACCUUCUGAGAGCCCCGGAACACGAGUGGCUCCCACCAGAUAAAACAAUUCAGGAACUGGAAGAGUUUGUCAAACAAUUUGUGACGGAUUGCAAGGCUUCUGCAGAAACCAGUGUGGGCGGACAUAGCCCUGACAUCAUCAGAAACGCAUCCGGAGGUCUGGCGCUGAGAGGGAUACUCCUGAGCAAGGAUCUGCAGGAGCUGUCUAAAGAACGGAAAACCCUUCUCGAGGUGCCAAAGAAUGUGACAUUUGUUAACUCAAGCAAGGCUCCGCAGGACCUGACGGUAAAUUUCGAAUGUCUCCAACAAGAGCAGCAUUUCCAGCAGUGUGUGCACAGCACAGGGCUUAACAUUUCAGGGGGUGUAUCAGGCAAGAGGUGGGGCUGCACUGCGGGAGUCAGAGCUGGGUACGACUCAUCGCAGCAAUCAGACGAAAGCAGUUCGUCAAACAAAGAAACUGUGUACGCCUCCAUUUUGAAGUACUCGUCUGUUCCGAUAGCUAGCUGCGAAUUCAGUGCAAAGGAUCUCAGAUUAUCAGGGCCAGCGCUGGACAGCCUCAGACAGCUCCAAGAUACUUUCAAAUAUGCACCUUCCAGUGCAUUAAAAGAGAAAUGUUGUGCAGAGUUUCUGUAUUCGUAUGGCUCACAUGCAAACUGCGGCACUCUUGUCUUUGGGGGUAUUUUUGAGACAAAGGCAGAAACAUCCAACUACAAAAAGGAUGAGAAGAGCACUGUCUUUCAAAUGCUAAGUGACGUGCUGCAUUCGUCUGUCAACGUCAAUUUGUUUGGAUUAGUAGAUAUUGAUAAUACCGUCUCAAAAACAUCUUCUUCUUCUAACUACAGUAAGGGGUAUACACGUGAGCAACUGAAAAGCACCAGAGUGUCAAUUCAGAAAGUGGGUGGUCCUCCCACAGCAUCAGACGUCACUGAGUGGAAGAGAGGUUUGCUGUCGAAACCGGAAACGUGGCAAGUGAUUGACAGGGGUUCCCUUGAGGAAUUAGUGCCAGUUUGGGUAAUACUCUCAAACCACGUCGGUGACCUUGAGGACUGUCAGCUGCUUGCUCAGAACUUGAGGAAGAGCUGGGAGAAGGAGACGCAACUUUUUGACAAGCAUUCUGACGUUAAACUCCUGAAAUCCUUGAGGGAAAUACAGAAAAAAAUAACAAGUGUUAAAAUGUGGAACGAUCAGCCAGAGGAGGAGUUUCUCAAAAAUUGUGAGGGAUAUGUGAGUGAAUGCCAACAGUUUAAACUGAGCCUCGCAUGCUCAGACUUACUGUGGUAUGAAAAAUUCCUUUGUGCCACAGAAGUACAGCGUUUCAUUGAUAAAGCCGCAGGAUGCAUAGAUCAGUGUAGAAAUAAAAAAUACCUCACCAUGAUGCUGUCCAGUGUGCUUGAGCCUAUUGAACUCAUUCAGACCAGUAAAUUCCCAAAUAUUGCUCAGAUUCGUAGCAAACUCAGUGACUUUCAGGGUAUGACGAAACCCUCAUACAUUACACUGGAAAGUGCAAUGAGAAUUGUGAAAGAGACAAAGACUGAAUUUGUAAAGGCUAGCCCUGAGGACAUUGAAGCACAUCAGAAGUUAUGCUUGGAUCUCCACAAGACAAUUGAUGCACUGCAGCUCAACCUCAAACAAAAAGAGAAGUAUGCAGAUGUUCUGGUGACAGGGAUUCUCAGUUUGGUUUUUACUGGGCCACAUCGUAAUUCAAAAUCUUCUUUGACAGAGAAGGAUCUGGAUUCCCUUUUCGUUCAAAUGGGAAAGAUUGAGAAUAUUCUGGAAACUCUGAAGCCUUUAAACGACACGCAGCGUGAGGCCUUUCUGAUUUACGAAGCUUUAAAAAGCUUCAGGGAAGUUGGCUGGCAAGAGAAAGACUGCACUGCUGGUAUAAAAAUCCUCUGCAAAAGGUCGGGAAAGGACAUUUCUCCAAGGGUUAGAGAAGUGGCUUUCACUGACAGCGGCAACGUAAAAACAGACCUUCAAAACCUUGAAGACCAACUCAUUUGUCUGUUCAAAAAUGAAUUGCUCCCAAGUACUCAAAAAGCAACUGAACAAAAGAAAGAACUUGAAGACUUCCUGACUUCACUGAAUCAGACCACAUGCAUAGACACUGGACAUCUCCCCACCACGAGGAACAGUGACUUCACGAUACAAGAACUACUACAACAGCUUGGGAUGAACGAAUACUACCCAGGAAAACUUAAACUGCGUGACGUAUUGGAAAUCGGACUGGAUUCAGUAAUGGACCAAACGGGAACUGAAAGCAACCGUAUUAUGUGGAAUUUCAUUCGAAAAGUCUUGAUGGCUAAUUCAACUGCAAGGAAAGUGACAACUACCCCAAGAAAGAAUGCAGACACAGAGACAGAGGAGAGACAGGCCAGCGAAUCAGACCUUCUGGAUGUCGAUGAGUUAUUUAUGGAGGAAGAAAAAUGCAGCGAAACAUCCUUUAACCCUCUUGACAUCACCGUCAUGACACUUCUGUGUUCGGAUCAAUUGUUGCAGCAGGAAUUAAUGUCCAAAAUGACAAUGUGCCAAUUCGCUGUCCCUCUUUUGAUUCCAAACAGUCUUGGAAAAGAAGUGUCUUUAUUCCUGUGGGCACUGCUAAGUAUUGUUAAAAAAUGGACACCAAAAUCACUAGCUCAAAGCAGAGGAUUUAUAGAAGAAAAUAUAGCAGUCAAAAAAAUGCCAACGGUAUCAUUUGUUCGUAUUGGGACCUGCAAAGAAUCAAAGUCAAAAAUCCUUAACGAGAUGCUAAGUGAUGGUCAGCUCAGUUUCUUUGUUAAUCGGCACAUGGAGCAAGGUGAUGUGAAGAGAAAAAUAUCAGAUGGAGUGGCAGAAGUGUGCUGGUAUCUCCCCAGCGGCAAUGACACAUUGGACACUUUCUCGGAAGCCUUUGCUGUGGUAAACCUUCGAGGGGAUGCGCUGGAACAUAGUACCCAGCUACGUUUUCUUACCGAAGUGUCUUCUGCCACGUUUGUGUUUGUUGACAAAAUUGGAAAUGAGGAAAAAGCAUUCAUUACGUCUCAUUUGAGCUCUCUGAAGAUGUCCAGGUUGUUUCUUGUGAUGAACACCUCCCAGAGUGAUAAACCUGAAACGGCUGCAAAUCUGAAAAUUCUUAUUCCUUUGUUGGAACUAAAGAAGGAUCAAUACGUUCAGUUGGGAAAAUCAAACACGGACAUCCUGAAGAACCUCCGUGAAAGGGUUUCCAAUGAAGUGACGCAGUCAAUAAAAAAGAAACAGAAGCUUUUUAGCUUAGAUGAAAUGGCUGAUGUUGCUAGAGGCCAGGGUAUUUUUGUGGAUGAAGAUGAAGACAAUUGCAAAAAAGGCAAAGCAGCUGCAAAAGAAAUUAUGACAAUGAUGGAAGAAAAUGAAAAUGUUGCAUAUUUCAAGAAGAACAGCCUGUGUUAUCAAGGGGACCAGUGGAAAAUGUGGUCCAAAAUCGACAAGGAGCAGUCUCGUCUGAGAGCUCGUGGAGCAGAGUCUGCAGUAGACUACAUAGAAAAACUACAAAGGGAAAAGAGGAGACUUAGAGAAGAACAACUUGGAUUUAAAGUCUCAAAUUUUAUGAGGAAGUUCAUCGAGCAGAUGCACAGCCAGAACCAUGCCAAAAUGUUCUUUAUGCAGUGGCUAAAACUCGAACUUGACUCCAGGUCAAGAAAGGAUUUAAAAGUCUUGCACGACAGAUACAAGCAGUUAUGUGACGAUGGCAAAUCACAGACACAAGAGCUGAAAGACCUUGACGGAAAGAUUUCAGAAAGCUCUUUGGGGCUGGAGCACUUACUGCGUGAAGUGGGGCAAAUUUAUGAAGCUACGGCAAAUAACACCAUGCCACAGGAGAGAGGCCUCUAUCAACAAUUGCCACAGUAUGCAGCUAAGCUAAUGCUGGAUGGAAUCCCCUUGGAACUCAUCGAUGGAGAUGCCUCUAACAUUCCACUGCAGUGGGUUACAAACGUGCUGGAAGAAAUUGAAAACAUCAUUGGGAAAGAAAGCAGAAUGUUUGUUGUGACAGUUCUGGGAGUGCAAAGCACAGGCAAAUCCACUCUCUUGAACACCAUGUUUGGUCUGCAGUUUGCUGUAAGCAGCGGACGCUGCACCCGUGGGGCAUUCAUGCAGCUCCUGAGGGUCAAAGGUGACUUUAAGAAGCAACUGGGGUGUGACUUUGUGAUGGUGAUUGACACCGAGGGCCUGAAGGCACCUGAACUGGCUCAGAUGGACGACAGCUAUGAACACGACAACGAAUUGGCCACGCUGGUGAUUGGUCUGAGUGACCUGACCUUGGUGAACAUGUCAAUGGAGAACUCUGCUGAGAUGAGAGAUAUUCUGCAGAUUGUUGUGCAUGCGUUCAUUCGUAUGAAGGAGGUCGGGCGGCGACCUAAUUGUCAGUUUGUCCAUCAAAACGCAGGGGAUAUUGCAGCCCAUGAAAAGAACAUCAGAGACCGAAGGCAUUUCUUUGACCAACUUAAUGAAAUGACAAAAGCUGCUGCUAGAAUGGAGGAAAGAGAGGGGCAGUACUCAUCUUUUGGGGAUGUAAUGGACUAUGACGCUUCAAAAAGCAACUGGUACAUUGGCAGCCUUUGGCACGGAAAUCCACCCAUGGCAGCAGUGAACACGGGCUACUGCAAGGACAUUCUCGAUCUGAAACUGUACAUCUUUCAUUGCCUUGAACAGCGUCAAAACACCAGGAAACCUGGCACCGUGCGUGAUUUCGGCAAAUGGAUGAAAAGCAUCUGGGCGGCAGUGAAAAAGGAAAACUUCAUAUUCAGUUUCAAGAAUUCUUUGGUUGCCGAGGCCUACAAUGAGCUUUCCCUUAAAUACCGUGACUGGGAAUGGGAGCUAAGAGAGUUCAUAAUGUCUUGGACACAGGAGUCAGAAAACAAAAUAAAGAAUGCAUCACAAAUGGAACUCAGUACAAUCCUGUCUGACCUUGAACGUGACUUAAAUGCAAAGAUAAAUGAAAAGGUUGCAGUUUGCAUACAGAAGCUUGAAGAAUUCUUCAACAGUGGCAAAGACAAUGUGCAUUUGAUUGAGAGAUACAAGGCAGAGUUUCAGCAUAGCCUUGAGAUACUUGGCAGGGAGCUAAAGAACAGCUCCAUAAGCAAGUGUUCUGAUACCAUUUCAAGACAGAAAGCGUUGCAAAAACUGAACCAAGUUCAGAGAGGUUAUCAACAGCAGAUUGAGAAUCAAGUAAAUAGCCUCUUAAUGUCCUGCAAAAAACAGAAGACGUUGUUACAGGAAAGUGAGCUGGAGUAUGAGUUUGAAAACAUGUGGCGAGAGGUGACACUGACAUUUCCAAAUUCAACCUCUGAUAAACGCAGUGUGGCCAAUGACAUGGAGAAUGCUCUCUGCGAUGCCAUACCAGCAAAAUACCAGCAUUUGGUGUGGGACAAUCUACACCUGAUCAAUGAAGACCAUCUGGAUGAAUUCACCGUAGUAAAGAAUCAUUUGGAUCUCAAAUGGAAAAUUGUACCUGAAAUGAUCAAAAAUCCAUUUAAAAACACAAACUUGGCUGAACAAAUGAAGGAACACUUUGUCUACAACAUCAAAAAGAUUCUUGAUGACAAAGUGGAAGACAACAUUAAUUACGACCAAAAUUUCUGUCAGGAAAUGUUAAGAGCAAUUGAUCGGCUUUUGGAGAGUUGUGUUACUGAGUCUCCCAGAUUCAAUGAAAGUUUCAAGGUGGACUUCAAAUUGCACCUCAGCGGCCAUGCAGUAAAACGAUUUGAAGAAAUGCAGGACAGGUUUUACCAAGAGAAUGACCCUGUGCAGAAACUAGGACGACUUAAAAGAAGGUAUCUUGAAAUUUUUAAAGACACCUAUUGCAAACGGGACCAGACCCACAAAAAAGCUGAAAUGUUUUGUAAGGAUUGUUUAAUGCCAGCUACAAUACAGUGCAUUGAAUCAAAGCUCGGUGCCUCAUUGCUGGAAGACUUGAGGUGCAACAGGGUGUCUCUUGCACUUUCCACCAGCAAGUUUUUCCAUGUGUCUCUUCUGAUGCACCUGAUGGAAGAGAAUGAUUUUGCUGAGUACUUCCGUUACAUCAAUCACUAUGAGGAAUAUGCAACUGAGUGGGUGAAAAAAUGUGUCCUCAAGCACUGUGCGGAAGAGACAGAUGAUGGGAAAACAAGACUUGCUGGACUCGCCAGUCGCAUUCUGAAACAGGUAUUGUAUACAGCCAAGGAAGCGGUCAAAGAUGCAGAGGCUGUCACUGUUUCAAACCAGAUUGAUGGCUUUAUAGAAGUUUUUGUGAAGAAAAUGGACAGAGAGCUUGUGAUUCCUACUGACAACCUAGACAUAGUUGCCUUUCAGAAUGAUGGUAACAACAAAACCUUUGCUGAAGCUGUUCUUGAUGGUAUUAAUGAACUUGAAAAGGACAUUGAAGAGCAAAUCACCAACUGGGAUGUGGAAGAAACUGUUCUUAACCUUUCCACGAAACCAACAGAGGAGCUUAUCAAUUCUUUGCUCAACUGCAAGAAGCAGUGUCCUUUCUGUGGUGUACCAUGCGAACGAGCAGGCCUGAACCAUUCAGAUCAUUUCUCCGAGUAUCACAUCCCGGAUGGCCUUUGCGGCUAUACCCAAAAUACCUCGAAGAAGUUGUCCACUUACAUCUGCACCAUUUCAGUAUCAUCUGGGGAGUGUUUCUUGAAUGAAGACACAGACUACAGAUACGUACCAUACAGAAACUACAAAUCUGUCAACGAGUUCUACAGAUCAUGGCAGAUUCAGUCAGAUUCCAGUUACAAGGCAUCUUCAUACUGGAAGUAUGUGUUCUACAGAUUCAACAAUGAAUUUGCUCACAGAUAUGCGGCCGAACCUGCUACAAUCCCUGAAGGGUGGAAAAUAAGUGAAGAACAAGUGAAGACAGACCUUGAAGAGGCUUAUCAAGUCAGCCUAGAUGCUGUUUCUUAUUGAAGAGGCUUAUCAAGUCAGCCUAGAUGCUGUUUCUUAACUUGAUGGAGGUUGUUUAAAAUAAAGGGAGAUGGAUUUUUUUUUACAUUGAUUUAGCAUAGUUGUAGGUAAGACUUACAGAUUCAUAAUGUAUGCAUGUAGUAUUUACCCAUUCACAAAUUGGCUUUAAAUGAUUACACUGUCACCCUUGUAUGCUCUACUUUUAUUAUUAUUUUACACAUAAGCAUUGCUGUGGUAAGGUGCUGGGCUCAUAACCAAAAGGUUGCAGGUUUGAUUC